GUACUUACUUUUUCCCAUCUCCUUCCAGUUUCCAAACACAGCCUUAAACCAAUCAGAUUCCCCUGGUAACCCUAAACUCUCUCUCUCCUCCCCCUCUCUCUCUCUCCUCAGAUUCCCGCAAUCCGACACCACCUCAGAUUCUCCACCAUCAAAUCCACCCCCUCCAAACCCCUUCCAUGCCCUCCCCACCGAACCCCUAGCCCCUAGAUGUCAGAAACCGACAAGGCCCUCGCCGCCGUGUCCUCCCCGACCACCUCCCGGUCCGUCACCGAGACCGUUAACGGAUCGCACCGGUUCGUCAUCCAGGGCUACUCGCUGGCCAAGGGCAUGGGAAUCGGCAAGCACAUCGCCAGCGAGAACUUCACCGUCGGAGGGUACCAGUGGGCGAUUUACUUCUACCCCGACGGGAAGAACCCCGAGGACAAUUCCACGUACGUGUCGGUCUUCAUCGCGCUGGCCAGCGAGGGGACGGACGUGAGGGCGCUGUUCGAGCUGACCUUGCUCGAUCAGAGCGGGAAGGGGAAGCACAAGGUCCACAGCCACUUCGAUCGGUCGUUGGAGAGCGGGCCGUACACCUUGAAGUACCGGGGCAGCAUGUGGGGAUAUAAGCGGUUUUUUCGACGACAGUUGCUUGAAACUUCAGAUUAUCUCAAAGAUGAUUGCUUGAAAAUAAAUUGUACCGUUGGAGUUGUGGUUUCUGCAAUAGACUGCUCAAGGCUACACUCAAUUCAGGUCCCAGAUUCCGAUAUUGGAGCACAGUUUGGUAUGCUGCUGGAAAAUAUGGAAGGUUCCGAUGUUAUUUUCAAUGUGGCAGGGGAAAAAUUUAAUGCUCAUAAGUUGGUAUUGGCAGCUCGGUCCCCUGUGUUUCGAUCUGAUUUUUUUGAUGGAUCAGAGGGUGCGCAGGAGAUUUUGAUUUCUGAUAUGGAACCCAAGGUUUUUAAGGCAAUGCUGUACUUCAUAUACAGAGAUGCUCUUAUGGAAGAUGAGCUGGUAGUUUCUAGUUCAUCAUCUGUAUCCUCUGUAUCUGACACAUUAAUAGCGAAGUUGUUAGCUGCAGCUGAUAAAUAUGAUUUGGGAAGACUAAGACGGAUGUGUGAAUCUCAUAUAUGCAAGGAUAUUUCAGUGAACUCUGCUGCAGAAACUCUGGCUUUGGCAGACCGUUGUCAUGCCACUGAGUUAAAAACUACAUGCCUAAGAUUUGCUGCUGAAAACCUUGCAGCUGUUAUGCGGUCUGACGGGUUCGAGUAUCUUAAAGAAAAUUGCCCGGCACUGCAGUCUGAGCUCUUGAAGACUGUGGCUGGUUGUGAGGAGGAUUGUAGUAGUGGGGGCGGAAAGUCACGAAGUGUGUGGGCCCAACUCUCGGAUGGUGGUGAUACCAGUGGCAGGAGGCUGAGGCAGAGGACUUGAUUUUGACUUCAGGAAAGGUGGUUGUUCGUUGUAUAAUGACGGCGACGUUGGCAAAAGAAAUGGUGGUGGUAUGCUACAAAUGCUGACAAUGUUGAUAGACUGUAAACAUCUAUUGUAUGCUUUCUGAUAUGUUUCUCAUGAAUGUAUAAUGGUGGUGUUUCUGGAUCAGGCUGAACUUUAGUUUACCAGUGCUGACAUAAAGACUGUUUUUGUUAUUGAGGCAUAUGGUAUACCAUCUCUAAUAUUGGAAAAA